AUGCGCGCGGACGAAUCGCUCGAAAGCGCGUGCGUGCGCGUCGUCCUCGGACUCGUGGGUAAGCGCGCGCGGACGCGCGGCGGUGCGGAUGAGAAGGCGAGCGCGAGCGGGACGGCGUCGUCGUUCGACGCCGCGCGGUGUCGCGAAAUCGUGCUCGAACAGCACGCGAAGCGCAGAAAGGUGAGAGGAGGACGCGUGGGUUCGGUGCGCGGCGUCAGAGACGCCGACGUCGAUGAUUUCGACGAGGACGACGAGGACGAGGAUGAUUACGCGCGCUUGACGGAGGCUGAAGUCGAGCGCGUGUUGCUCGCGAUGCAAGACGCGAUGGAACGAGAACUCGCGAACGAAGAGCGAUUGAUGAGCGAGCGCGCAGAGGUAGAAUAUCGCGAAGACGAGGAAGAACAGGAGCGGUUGACGCGGGCGAUUGAGGCGUUUGAGCGAUGGAAAUUUCCCGAGGCGGAGGACGUCGGCGAGAACGCCGAGUCGAGCGGCGAAGACGUCUUGUGUCCGGUGUGCGCCACGAGACGGGUGCUUUACAACAGGCACGUGUUAUUUUGCGCGUGUGGGGACUUUAGAAUCGCGCGUGCCGAUGAAAACGUAGGGUUGACGUACUUGAAGCGACGUUUGGCGGAGACAUUUGAGGCACACGUCUCACGCGGGUGCGGCAACGCUGGUGGGCUUCGGUUUAGCGUGCGCGAUGAGUACGGUUUAGAUGCGUGCGUCGCAAAGUGUGAAAGGUGUUCGUUUUUAGAGAUUGUGAUGUAG